UUCUGUGUUGCGUGGCCUUUGAACCCAUUGUUGUGUCGCGACUGACGUCAGUUCUGUGUGCGAGACAGGCAGAGCGGCGUGCGCCUGGCGAGACAAAGGCGGCGGACCAGGGAACAGCCGGGAUAAAUAUCCAGAUACAAUUGUCGGGAGGUGUCUGCAUGGGAAUAUAAUGAUAGACUACGAAUCGAUGCAAAGAUUGACGGGCCGUUAAAUGACCUCGACAUUCGUCUGGAAUAGAAUUGUAUCAACAGCCUGUCCCUUCUCUUUCGUUUUUAAACAUUUUCUCCAACGCCCCCAAUUUAGCGAGCUAGCUACUAGUUAGCAUUAGAGCACUGGUAGCCACUCAUCAUUCCUUCAAGAAUCAAAAGAGAGGAACUCCAUACAAUUGGGAGGUAGCCAAAAGAAAAGAUCGCUUUACACACAGACGCCCCAAGAUCUGAUGUUCAUCCUCGUGGACUAUGCCUAGCCCCUUAUUCCACCCCGAGAUUAUGGACCACGACAUGGUAGUGAGCAGCCAGCACAACGGGGUCAGCCUGCCGCGAGAGACUGACCAGGAGUCCCGGGAAGAGGACCAUCAGGAUGCGCUCCGCUUCGCCCUGGACCAGCUGUCAUUUAUGGCCCUGGAGAAGGUGGACUGCGGUGGUGGGGGGCUCGUUGACACGCUCGACGGGAACCAGGGACCGUGCUCCGGGAAUUCCAACGGCGGUUAUGUCGAUCUGCAGAUGCUGGAGCACCAAGGAGGCUCCCGGGACUCCCCGACAUCCUGCUCCCCGUCUCCAGAGUACUAUGGAUCGGGCGGGUACCACAUGACUGGCCCGCACUCUCACCCCAUGCUCGGUGAACAAAGCUCUGUUCUCUGCAAUCGCAAGAGGAGUGUCAACAUGACCGAAUGCGUACCUGUGCCCAGCUCAGAACACGUUGCUGAAAUAGUGGGAAGACAGGGCUGUAAGAUCAAGGCACUGCGUGCGAAGACCAACACCUACAUAAAGACCCCAGUGAGAGGCGAGGAGCCCGUGUUCAUAGUUACAGGGCGCAGGGAGGACGUGGAGAUGGCCAAGCGGGAGAUCGUCUCUGCGGCCGAGCACUUCUCCAUGAUCCGGGCAUCCCGCUGCAAGGCCGGGGCCACGGGCACAGGAGCACCCGGGACAGGGGGAGCGCUCCCUGGACCCCCCCACCUGCCUGGACAGACCACUAUACAGGUGCGGGUACCGUAUCGUGUGGUGGGGUUAGUGGUGGGGCCCAAGGGGGCGACCAUCAAGCGCAUCCAGCAGCAGACUCACACCUACAUCGUGACGCCCAGCAGGGAGAAGGACCCCGUGUUCGAGGUGACGGGCAUGCCUGAGAAUGUGGACCGAGCCCGGGAGGAGAUUGAGACGCACAUCACCCUGCGGACUGGGGCCUUUGUGGACCUCCAGGGAGACAACGACUUCCACACUAAUGGGACUGACGUCAGCCUAGAGGGCCUGGGCUCGCUGGCUGGGGGGCUGGGUGCCGCUCUCUGGGCUCGGGCCAACAACCCCCACCCUGCCCCUCCACCCCCGCCGCCUCCUCCACCACCCCCGCUCCCCAUGGCCAUUCACCAAUCGUCUGGGAGGAAGCUGUCCUCCUCGGCCUCCUACCACCAACACAACGGAGGGAUGGGCUCUGAGAGCUACAGCGCCCCCAGGAGGGCCACCGAGGGAGGUAGCCCCACCAGCCCAUUCAGCACUAGCUCCAGUAAUGCCGGCGGAGGAGGGGGGUUCACCUUCGGGGGUGACUCCACCCCAGGCCUCCCCUCUGAGGAGCUGGGCUUUGAGUUCAGCGCUGCCAACAUCUGGGCCCCUUUUGUCAACGGAGGAGGAGGGAAGAUCCCAGGCACCUCUCAGAAGCAGCCUCUCCGCAGAAACAGCAGCGGCCUGAGUGGCGGUGCCAUCACCCCCCGCCUGUCCCCCACCCUGCCCCCCGACGCAGUGGUGGGACCCCUGGAUCAUCCACUGGCCCGUCGGGCCCAGAGUGACCCACUCAGCACCCUCUCCUGGCUGCAGUCGGGCGGUGCCGGUGCAGGGUCCUUCUCUGGAGCAUCUAGCUCCAGCUCCGGAGGGUCAUCCACCGGUUACUCUUCCUGCUCAGCCUCCUCCCUGCCCGGAGGCUCUCCCACCGAUUCAGAGGGCGGGGGCAGCGGCGUUGGCCUGGGCUCUGGCAUGCUGGGCCGGCUGAAGGCCGCGGCAGGUGCUGGAGGUCUGGUUGGCAUGGGGCCAGGGGGCGUGAGCAGGGACUGCUUUGUGUGCUUUGAGAGCGAGGUGACAGCGGCUUUGGUGCCAUGCGGCCACAAUCUGUUCUGCAUGGACUGUGCCGGACAGAUCUGCCAGUCCGCUGAGCCCGAGUGCCCUGUCUGCCAUACCACUGCCACACAGUGCAUCCGUAUCUUCUCCUAAUAGCCCCUCCUCACCCACCCGAAGACAAGGGAUGGUAUGGGGACUGAGGAGGGGGCGAGAGGGGUAGGGGUGUCAUCUUAAAAAAACUGAAAUUUACAGUCUUACUAUCCGAGAGAACUGCAGUGGACCAUCAACUGUGGCGGGACGGAUGGACACCAACGACCUUCUCUGCACAUAUGAUGGACCACAAUGAUUACAAUAUUAGAAAUAUGACACUAUACGGAUGUUGAUUUAAUGAUAAUAAUUAUGACAAUAAUAAUAAUGAAAAUAUUUCCAGACUGACUGAUUUUGAUUGGUUCUGCGGACUGCAGAAACAAUAUGGUGGGAUCAGGAGGUUUCACGGUGGACUUGUGUGGAAGGAAACCAGUGUCUUAUCUUUCUUCUGGCUUUCGUUCUGACCUGGACCAGCCUUCAGGCCUGAUCUAGCUCAGCCUCUAGGUUGCCAGGCUGUCUGUAUAGUUUCAUUCUCUCGCUUCUUUUUCUUCAGAUAUCUCUGCCUGCUUCUCUCACAAGCCUUUUCCUUUGACACUUUUGUACUUAAUAGCAGAUAUUUUUCGACGGAGCUGCCUAGGCCUGCACUUUUCUACUCAGUUUCCUUUUCGAUGUUCUUUGACAGGAUGCAAAACGCUGUUUUUCUGGUCUUCUGAGUUCUCUCCUGUUCUUUCUUUUCAGCUCUCUCUCGCCAUCUCUCCACUCUCUCUGAUUCAGAGGGGUUGGGUUAAAUGCGGAAGGCACAUUUCAGUACAACUGACUAGGUUUCUCUUGCUAGCUAGUAUAGUGACAAUUAAGGAAAUGCUUUGGUAUGAGCCUGGAACUGACUUUAAAACAGGCACAGAGACACCUAUCAGACAAAAACACGCCAGAAGGCCCUCUCCUAGAUCUUAUGAAGACUGAAACACUUAAGGUAUUUAUACUGUUCAAAAACUGAUAUCCAAUGUUGUGGUUUUAAUGGCUAGUAUAGGAAUAAUACAAUGGUGUUAAGUUAUUUAAGGAAUAUCAGAACUAAUGCCAGAGGUCAGUUACUCAGUCCCCCUUGGUCCUUCUUUCUCUCAACCCCUCUCUCGCUCUCUCCCUCUCCACCCAAUCGCUCUCCUUCAAUAGUUCCAGUCUAAUUUCUGGCCCCAUUCUUCCACUCUCUCUUCCCCCUGUGGAGCUCAGUGUAGACACCGAGCCAUCCAUAACCCAGUCCACUCAGAUCCUCUGUUACAGUUUGCUUUGGAGAGCUAAUGUAUUUUUUAAAAUGGGUCUUUGGCUUUUGACUGUAAAGUAUGUGGCCCAUGUUGCCCCUGACUCCCUACUCUCUGAACUGCAUUGACGUCGAGUAGGAUAAGAUGGGUCUUGAAGUCACACACAGGAAUGUCUCGUCCAAUAGGGGUCUUGGUUAAGGGGAGGUGGCCCGCCCCAAGUAUUAGGGGCAUCCGAAUGAGCUGUUUCUUUGCCCUGAGCGACACAUUGUAAUGUUAUUAGACCCCCCCCCCCACCUCCUAUGACAUGGUUGUUAUAUGCAGCCCUCUGAACGUACAUGUGGAUCUACUCCUAGAGUCAGACAGGCCAUGGCAAACAAAAUCAAAACAAUGAAUGGGAGAGGAAAAAGGGCUUCCUUGCGCACACACACACACUACAUUUUCAGAUGUUUACCUUCUCACCAGUAACAACAGCGAGAAUAAUCAACUUAUCCAAUAUGGCAGCUAAUAGCUAGUUCAUCCAGGGCUUCCAGACACUCUGUGUUCAAACCCCAACAGCUGCAGAAUGUGUUGCUUGUUCUUUUCUCUCUGGUCUACGUCUAUAGAACACUGGUCAACCCUGUCAGCACCAGUCCUUCUCAGUCAUGUCCAUCGCCUGUGAACGAAUGAACAGAAGGCUCUGUUCCAAUACUUUUCAAAUGCAGCAUCCCUUUCUACCCUCACACCUUCAGGUACUAUCCACUGAUCUACCAUGUGUGGACAGGUGAAAGCAGCUUCCUACUGGACUUUUCUCAAUAAUGUCACUUCAGAUCAGUGACUACCUUCAGGGAGUGAGAAGGAAAGGAUGCAGGGCAGCAGAUAGCCUAGCAGUGAGAGUGUUGGGCCAGUAACCGUAAGGUUGCUGGUUCGAAUACCCGAGCCAACAAGGUGAAAAAAAAUAUCUGUGCAAGGCACUUAACCCUCAUGUGCUCCAUGGACAACAUACUACUAUGGCUGACCCUGUAAAGCAACACAUUUCAUUGCACCUAUCUGGUGUCUGACAAUUAAACAGAAUUUAUAAGUUUUUUUUUUUAUUUUUUUUAAGAGAAUGAACAGGCAGUUCACAUUGCUACAGAGCUCAAGUAUAGUCUGUGCUUGAGGGUCAAGCCGGGCUACUUUUUAACAAACAACAUCUGUCUGUGAGAUGCCUGACUAAAUUAGUUCGUCAAGUGAAGGGGACAGCGGCUUGACGUCUUAGUCUGUAAUCGAAUAAUCGACCCUCCACAUUUAACUACACCGCAAUGCUCCCUACUUGAAUGGCCCUUCAUGUCCACAGAUGUGGAUCUAGUAGCUGGCUGACCGGGAGUCAUAUUUCACUGAAGACUAUAAUGGUGCAACUCACUACUGAAACAGAUACCGUUUUCUACGGCAGCACCUCUCCCCCUCUUCUUUUAGGAGUUAACUGUAUAACUGGCAACCCUGACCCUGCUCUCUCUCUCCCCUCAACGUGGGAGGGAUCUGUGUAAACUGGCAACCCGUCCCUGCUGGGUCUGACUUUAAAUGUUUUUAGUAUAGUUUUUCUCUACUCCUGCAGACUCAAGUCUUUUAAAGUAACAGAUAAACUAUGACUGUUGUGUCAAUCUUAAAGGCCCUUUUCCAGAGCUGCCCAUGACUUCUCAGUCACUAAAAUGUCCAGAGUUGAAUUUGCCAGGUGGUUCUGGUCUGGUUGUUUCACCAGGUCAUGUACAGUAGCAUGAACAGUUAAAGGGUACAGAAUAUUCUCAUAUUGACUGCAGAUUAUUUUCGCUGAAUUUAACCCCUGACCACCACCCCAUGAAGGUUUGAAAACAGGGUUUAUAGAGGCUCCUUAAGGAGUGACCUCUGACCUUUUUGUGACAAAGGUGGAUCCAGGGGGAGCCGCUCCCAUCUGGGAAAGCCGCUCCCCCUGGAACUUCGCCUUCCUAUUUUGCUUUAAUCCUUUAACGCAGAACCAAAAUGUUACGUCAGCAAACAAGGUUUCAGGCCUGACUUGUGUAUAUACCCUGAAUACAAUCAAUGGGAUCUCAUUUUCAAAAAGUUACCAGACUUAAGGAAGUUGUAGUCUUUAAAAACAUGUAACAUUAUUUGUAGGUUAACCAUGUGCAUGUCUUUAAGCCAUCAGGCAUUAGCAAAUAAUUUUUCAGAGGAAAUAAAACUUUACACUUUAUUUUUACAAUUUAUUUGCUUACCUAAAUAUCCCAGACAAUAAUGUGACCCUUUUUAUUACUUCAAAAUGUUUUAUUUUCCAUAUUUUUUUAUUUUAUUUCCUGUGUACAACAUGUAGGCAAUUUAUAACAAAAUUAGAAAAAUUAUUGAAGAAAUUUUAAAAUUGAAAUAUAUUUUAUUUUAAAGUUUAUGGACCUUUUAACCGUGAGCCGGAACAAUAUAUGCAUAUAAUUUGAGCUGUCUUGACGGUUGAGAAAUGUAUCAAGAGUUUUAUUUUUUAUGCUUCUUUAAUAAAAUCUUGUUUUUGGUUUCA